GCGGGCGGAGCCUGCCGCCGUGGACUUGGCCUCGGGCCGCCUCCGAGAUAAACCCCGGAACCUCGCCCGGCAGACUCGGCUCCUGGGCCGGCGGCGACGGCUGCGUGCGCUCGGUCUCAGCCACAACAUGGCUUCUAACCUGAAGUCAGCCAAGGACUUGGUCGUUUUCUUAGGAAAAUCAGUGAUUGCGUGUCUGGAAUCUAUGGUUUUCACCAUCAUCCCCAAACCACGGAAGAACGUUGCUGGUGAAAUCGUGCUCAUCACUGGCGCCGGGAGCGGACUGGGAAGGCUCUUGGCCCUCAGAUUUGCCCGCCUUGGAUCGGUGCUGGUUUUCUGGGAUAUCAACAAGGAGGGGAAUGAGGACACGUGCAGGAUGGCCCGGGAAGCCGGAGCCACAAGAGUUUAUGCCUACACUUGCGACUGCAGCCAAAGGGAAGACAUAUACAGAGUGGCCGAGCAGACUUAUAAGUCCUUUCUACCUGCUAUGAUCGCUAAUAACCAUGGACAUUUGGUUUGCAUUUCAAGUUCAGCUGGAUUAGUUGGAAUAAAUAAACUGGCAGAUUACUGUGCAAGUAAAUUUGCAGCCCUUGGAUUUGCUGAAUCUAUAUUUGCAGAAACAGUAGUCCAGAAACUAAACGGCAUCAAAACCACUAUUGUAUGCCCAUUUUUUAUUAACACUGGCAUGUUUGAAGGUUGUUCAACUGUCCGUCCUUUUCUGUUACCAGUUCUGGAACCAGAAUAUGUAGUUGACAAGAUAGUAGAUGCCAUCCUGCAAGAGAAAGUGUACUUAUAUGUACCAAGGUUUAUAUCGUUUGUGAUGUUUUUGAAAAGUAUCCUGCCUGUCAAGGUAUCACUGCUUGUGGCUGACUAUAUGGGUGCCUUGAAUAUAAUGGAUGGCUUUGUUGGCAAGAACAAGAAAGAGUAGAGACCAACUCAAUGGCUGAUGUCAUCUGAUAGCCAGCAUUCCAUAAUUCUUAUUUCAAUGAAGAAAAGCAUUUUUGUCCAACAAUAUAUCUGGAAACUACAUGUACCAUUCUUUUUCUGCUCUCUGGACUAGUAUUUUCAACCAAUGCCUUUGAAAAUAAUGUUGGUAUCUGCUUUUUGGUUGGGUUUUGUUUUGUUUAAUUAAAAAAAAAAUAGCCUGCUUUUGUCA